CCGUCGGAAGGGCAACCGCAACCACAGCAGCCGCCCUCGCCUGUGCCGCAGAUCGAGGAUUUUCUUUUGGAAGAUCUUUUCCGCCAUCUGCCGUCUGCAACGAGUUCUACCCCUCUGAUCCGUUUCAAACGCCCGGAAGACGACGAACCACCACAUAUUCUGAGUAAAAACGUCCCCACGACCUCAGAGUUGUCAUGCAAAUCUGCAUGCCAGAAAAGUUUCUCAUGCGGAGCCCCAUGAGAGACACGCUCUCUCGUCGUGUUUCGAAAUUUGUGAUGCUAGAAUCAGCAUGAGAUGCUAGAUCUGUGAUGCUUCCGAACUAGCUAAACAGGAUUACACUACGAAGGUAGACUUGUCAUGCGAAACAGCCAAAGCUGGGUGAUUUGUCUACGCAAAUUUCUCAUCUUGAAUCUGUUCGUGUGGGGACAUUUUUACUCAGAAUACCACCGUUUGAGGGCACGGACGCCCGACUCCUGUUUUCCCCACGACAAUAUUCUUGAGAAAAAAACAGGCAGGGCAGAUUUGUGAUGCAAAAAUAAAUACACAGAAAAAUCUGGCAUGGGCGGGCUCAUAGCAUUCGGUUUAGGAUAUGCAAUACAGAUUUUUUUGUGUUUUUAUUUUCGCAUUACAAAUGUGACCUGCAUGCUUUUUUUUGUGUGAUAGACAACAAAUGGGAACGCCCAGUUUGCGGGAGGACAGCGAGCAGGGGGGAAACAGCGGUUUGGGAGCUGCAGGAGGACAGAGUCCACUAGGAGCUGGCAGUGGCACAGCGAGCAUUGGGUUAGGCGGUGGCAGGAUCAUGGGCAACCUUGCGGGCGAGCAUCUUCAACAAGGGGUACAACUUCCAGGGGGUACGUAUGAAUUGCAAAUAUGUCUGGGUGUGGAAGAAUGCAAGUUUGUCAUGCUUGUCUGGCAUGACUCGAGAAUUUGUGUUGCAGAAGCACGAAAAGGCACUCUUACCUGUCAUGCAAAAACGCAGUUUGCCAUGUGGAAUGCCUAACACAUGGCAGCCAAAGAAUUUGUCAUGCAUAGCUGCGUAUUGCAGUGCGUCCAUCAUUUACUUUUAGCAUUACAAGUUUCCAGACCCAGGCAUAUUUGCAAUCCAUAGUACGAAAGACCCGACAAACUCCUCCCCGGCAGGAGGACCACCGACGGGAACUCAGCUGACCGAACAGCAGCUGACCGCAAUACGGAAUGCGAACAUCAGUGAGGACGAGGAGGAAAGUGACCAGUUUUUCGCACCUACGAUCAGCAACAAAACUUCCUCCGCCAGUAUCCUGAGUAAAAACGUCCCGGUCUAGAGUUGUCAUGCAAAUCUGCAUGCGUAAAACGUUUCUCAUGCGCAUCCCGAUGAGGAGCAUUUUCUCAUGGUCUGUGGUACUUUGUUAUGCACUAGUCAGGAUGAGGAGCUAGCUUCCUGAUGCGGCUUCACUAGCCAACCAACGGACCACUACCCUAGGAACCCAAACUUGUCAUGCGCAGCAACCGAUCCCUCUGGAUUUGUAUUGCUAAAGUAGUUCCCAACUUGAGGACUCUGGGGUCGUGAGGACGUUUUUGCUCGGGAUAGCCAGCCGGGCGCUGAAGAAUUUGGAGGAGAGCAUCAGCAAGAACGAGAUCCGGAGCCCGAUAGUAUUCUAUGUAAAAACGUCCCCACACCGUAGUCAAGUUGGGAAGUCUGCAAGACAAAUCCCCAAGUUUUGGGAGUUCUGCAUGACAAGUCUCCAUCUCCAGCGUAGUGCUGGCUAGCAAGAAAAGCCUCAUGAGAAAGCUAUUCUCUCAUCCUGUUUACAGCAUUACAAAUGCGCAAACACGAUUUGAGUUGCACAUUUGCAUGACAACUCUGGGGUGGGGACGUUUUUGCUCAGGAUAGAUAGGGAUCGAGAGUCAGAAACUGGGGGCUGGAAUGACUGCGGACGGGAAACAAGGCAUGAUUGCGGCGACGAAUUCCGCGAACGGAAUUGCA